AUGUCGCCGGCAAAGAAGGCCAGGGGCAGACCACCAUCUGCCAAUAAAGUCACAAAGCCUGCCCAGACGGCUACAAAAGGUCGCGCGGCUGGAAAACUUGCAGCGGCGAUUAGCAAAGCUGGAGAAGAGGCCAUCAACGACACGUCGAGCAAGACGAGCGGCAGAGUUUCGAAGCGAGGGCGUAAGGCUGUCGAAAAGAUCGCGAUUCAAGAAGAUGAUGAUGUCGAGGACGUGGACGAGGAAGAGGAUGCGUCGAAUGUCGACAGUAUGGCCGAAUCAGAAGAGGACACCGCCCCGGUGGUGACGGCGACUACAGCGAAGACUAGAGGGCGACCGAAGGCAGCAGCUACGACAGCGACGACUACCGACUCAUCGAAAGGAGUGCCGAAUUCUACUACGAAGGAUACCACAAAGUCGACUAAGCGAGGGCGUGGUGCAGGAGCAAAGGUCACUCGGAGCGAUGAAUCUGAAAUUCCAGAGACGCAGGCUCAAGAUGUUAUGGACGUCGAUACGGAAGGUGAUGACCAAUUCGAGGAGCUACCGGUACCAAAGCCGUCAACGCAUCGCGGUAAUCGGACGAGCGGUAAUCCGGACUUGGAUGCUAGUGACGUGCAAAUCCGGAGGCGCCUGGGCGACACAAUCAGAAAAUACGACAACCUGGAAGCGAAAUACCGCGAUCUUCGGGACAUCGGGGUAAAGGCAGCAGAACGGAACUUUGACAAUCUCAAAAAGGAGAGUGAAGAAAGAGCAAAAACUGCAAACGAGCUCAUUGCGCAUCUCAAGGCCGACCUUACAGAGCAACGUAGCUUGGCCAAAGAAGGGCAACAACGCAAAAAGCAACUGGAAGAAAUGGAGGCAAAGGUGUCAGUUCUGACGACUUCCCUAGCCGACGCAAAGCAGGAAAUCAAGACCCUGACGACGCGCUUAGCCGCGAGCAGGUCUGCUGAGGCUGCCGCUAGUGCCAAGGUCAUACCUGGGAGCGCCGUCAAGGGCUCAAGCGCCGCUGCCAGAGCCAUCGCUAGCGCUGAUGUUGUGCAAACGGGACAAUUGAAAGAGGACCUUUAUGGCGAUUUGACCGGCUUGAUUGUCAGGGUUACCAAGCGUGACUCGGCCGGCCAGGUCUUUGAUUGCAUACAAACGGGGAGAAACGGAACCCUUCACUUCAAACUUGAAGUUGAGAACGAAAGCUCCGGCGAAAACUACGAGGAGGCACAUUUCACGUACAAGCCACAGCUGGAUUCCAACAGAGAUCGCGAACUCAUCGACAUGCUGCCUGACUUCCUUGUCGAAGAGAUCGAAUUCCCUCGGCCACAUGCGGCAAAGUUUUACGCGCGUGUCAUCAAGUCUCUGACGGAGCGGCUGGACUGA